AUGGGAGGGGUCCAGAGGGCCUGUCCUGCUCCAGGACAGCACUGCCCACACCCCAGUGGGGCAGGGACCCCCCGCCCCUCGCUGGGGCUUUCCAAAGGCUUCAUCCCAAGGCCCGGCUCCGGGCUGCGGUUGCUUUUCCCCUGGGUGUGCUGGGGUUUGGGGGUGCAGCUCUGGGAGCGCCCGGGCCGGGCUGGGCUGACCCAGGCACGGGGGCUGCAAGUAACGUGGAAUAAAAGCACCUCAAACCAGAGCCUCCUGCACUCCUGCACUCUGUCACCUGUCCUGGGGUGCUCCACACUCCCCACGGGAAUGGGGGAAUGCUGGGCGAGGAUGGGGCUGGAUGUUCUGUGUCCCCAGUGGAAUAUGGGGAACCUUGUGUCCCAUCACUGUCUCCUGCACUCUGUCACCUCGGGUGAGGCUGGCUCUGUUCCCGAUGGGAAUGUGGGGACACUGUGCCCCAGCACGGUGCCACCUCUGCUGUGUCAUCUGUGCCAGGAUGGGACCAGGAUGCUCCAUGUUCCCAGCUGGAACAGGGGGACACAGCCUCCCGUCCUUUGUCACCUGCCGGGACGCUCCUCAUUCCCCGCGGGAGCCGGGGCCCCCUGCUCCCCGUGGCCGUGCCACCUGCACUCCAUCACGGCCGGGCCGGGCCGCUCCGCAUUCCGCCGGGGCUGUGUGUCCGGGCUGUGUCCGCGGUCUGUUUGCAAUCAGCCCCGGAGCCGCGUGCGGCCGGGCCCGGUGCCAGCCCCAGGCUGGAGCAGGGGGAGCGGGAGCGGCGGGAGCCAGAGCGGGGAGCGCAGCCCGGCGAGCGGCCGCGGCAGCGGGGCCGGGGAGGUGGCACCUGCCCUGGGGAGGGACAGCAGCCCCGGGGGACACGGGGACAUGGCCCGGCUGCUGCUCCUCCUGCUGCUCGCCGCUCUGGGCUGCGCAGCCAGGCCGGGCCGGCGGCCGGCGCCGUGGGACGAUGGAGCUGACGCCCAGAGACCCCCGGCGAGGGGCUGCGCCAACCUGACGCUGGUGCUGGACAACUGGAAAUUCGCCAUCACCUCCCAGCUGAGGAACCUGCUGCUGUCCGACCACCAGACCGUGCUGCCCGACUACGGCCGGAUCCCGGCGCUCUCGGGGGCCCUGGAUGAGCUGUACCGGGAUUUCCGCGGCCUGAAGGAGCAGCUGGGCCGGCUCUCGGAUCGCUUCGCCCACCUCGAAGCCUCCGUGGAGCAGCUGAGCCGGGCCCGGGGCGCUGCAGGGCCCCCGCGCCGGGGAGGGGUCCCCCAAAACCCCCGGAGGGCCCCCGGGACCCCGCCGUGAG